GGAGAAGGAUCGACUCGCGAGAUGCACGACGCAGGUCGGCUCACGUGGUCAGGCGCGGACUGCGAGGCGCGACGCGCUUGCUCGCAGCUUGUCAGUACUUGUGCGUCGCGCUCUGCUCGCCUGCUUCCAUGCUCGUCACCCUGCCCGCGAAAGGCAGACAUCGUCCAGAACAUAGCAUAGGAGCUCUGCAUAUUAACAAUGGAGUCCAGCAUCUCGAAACAGUUGGUCGACAAGAUGUACGAGAAGCGGAAGGCGGCCGCGCUUGAGCUCGAAAAGCAGAUUCGCGAAUGCCAUCAGCAGGGCGACCACCGGCGUAUUGGCCAAAUCAUCGACCAACUUGUGGACAUGUUCAACAACCCAUCAAACCCAUUGCAUGUCCGCAACGGAGGACUCAUUGGCCUCGCCGGGACCGCGAUUGCUCUCGGUGUGGAGAUCGCUCCCUACAUGGAGAAGUUCAUCGAACCUCUACUCGUGUGCUUCACGGAUCCCGAGAACAGAGUACGGUACUUCUCUGCCGAAUGUCUCUAUAACAUCGCCAAGGUCUCGAAGGGGGAGAUACUGGUGUACUUCAAUCCUAUAUUUGACGCAUUGAGCAAGCUUGCCGCAGACUCCGAGCUGUCCGUCAAGAAUGGUGCCGAGCUACUGGAUCGAUUGCUUAAAGACAUAGUAGCGGAGACGGCCUCCGUUUAUAUACCCCAAUACCCGGAGACAGAGAAGGCACAGAAAGCACUCGAGGAUGGGAACGAUUUGAACAUAUUGGUGCCACACCCGGGCGAUGUCGCCAGUGGUGCGGAUAUCAACGGCGCACGCAAAGCAUUCUCACUCGCACGUUUCAUACCGCUGCUUUCGGAGAGGAUAUACGUCUUGAGUCCCUUCACCAGGAGCUACCUUGUUUCAUGGAUUACUGUGCUCGACUCGGUUCCAGAACUUGAGCUGAUCACAUACUUGCCGGAGUUCCUCGACGGUCUGCUGAAGUACCUCUCAGACCCCACCGAGGACGUACGUGUAGCCACGGAAAACUUGCUCGCGGACGUCCUCCGCGAGAUCCGGGACGUGACUGCUGUGCAACGUCAGCACGAAGAACAGCUCAAGGCCAAACGUGAAGCCGCUGAACAAGCUCGUCGUACUGAUACCGAUAAAGAGAGGCCGCAGGAAAUCAUUAUACCUGGCUCAGAUCGUGGUGGCCCAUUCUUGGAGGGCGACGAUUUCGUUUUUGAUGACAGCUCUCUGGCGUCGCCAGAGGAGAAGCAGCCUGACCAGGCAGGACGCGAUGUCGGCCAUUGGGUACCUGGGCAAGGGGUGAAGAUCGACUAUGCCGCAAUCGUUGAGAUUCUACUACAACAACUGGAUGACCAACACGAUGUGAUCCAACAGUCUACCGCUCUACGGUGGCUCACCGAGUUCCUCACUAUCGUCCAAGACGUUAUGGUCCCAUUUACACCCCGACUUAUUUUCGUCAUCCUGCCCAACCUUUCUCACCACGUACCCAUGAUCCAAUCUGCUGCUCUCCGCACGAACAAGGCACUCUUGAACGUGAUACAGUCCUUGCCUCCCCCAGUUGACGCACCAGCACGCCAAGGGACAGACAAAUCAUCCUCGUCCGCCUCUCAGGUUGCUCCCGGCUCACCCACUCCUGUUGCUGCUACUCUAGCGCCUUCCAGACAAUCCACUGCAAGCAAGGACGGUGUCGCAGCCCGUGACUUGACCUCUCCGGAAGCGGUGUCGCCGCCCGAAACGGGGACAGCGUCCGAUCGACCUUCUACCGCUUCGUCUCAGAGAACUCGGACAAAUGCCUUGCAGGGAAGCGUCACUCUGGCGACGGCAGAGGCUGUCCAGUCCGGCGCACAGACCAGCCGUCCUGCUUCUCCCAUUUCGGCUAUCAGCAUGCCCCAAGUGCAAACGUCACCGGAAGCCUCCUUGCUGCAGGAAAAGUCGGACCAGUUCGACUACCAGGCUACUGUGAAUGCGCUCACCAUUCAGUUCCUGAGUGAACACGAGGACACGCGAGUGGCAGCGUUGAAGUGGUUGAUCAUGUUGCACCAGAAGGCACCGAAGAAGAUCCUCGCGAUAGAUGACGGUACAUUCCCUGCGUUGCUGAAGACGCUCUCGGAUCCGUCGGAAGAGGUUGUCAAGAGCGAUCUUCAGCUCAUUGCUCAGAUAUCAUCAAGCUCGGAUGAAAGUUACUUCAAGGCUUUCAUGGUCAACCUCUUGGAUCUUUUCAGCACGGACAGAGGGCUGUUGGAAGCUCGAGGGAGCCUCAUCAUUCGUCAGCUGUGUUUGAACCUCAAUACCGAGAGGAUAUACCGGACAUUUGCGGAGAUCCUGGAGAAGGAAGAGGAUCUCGAGUUCGCCAGUGGCAUGGUCCAGAAACUGAACAUGAUCCUCAUUACAUCACCAGAAUUGGCGGAAUUCCGCAGACGACUGAAGAGUCUUGAGACUCGCCAAGACGGCCAAGCAUUAUUCACCACCUUGUAUCGAUCGUGGUGUCACAAUGCAGUUGCGGUCUUCUCCCUCUGUCUACUCGCGCAAGCAUAUGAACAUGCGUCAAACCUCUUGUAUAUCUUUGCGGACCUUGAGAUCACAGUACCACUGCUCGUCCAAAUAGACAAGCUUGUGCAGCUGAUUGAAUCACCGGUCUUCACAUAUCUUCGAUUACAACUACUGGAGCCCGAAAAACAUCCACAUCUAUUCAAGUGCUUGUACGGACUGCUCAUGCUGCUGCCACAAAGCUCCGCUUUCGUAUCGCUGCGGAAUCGACUGAGUGCGGUAAACUCGGCAGGUUUCUUGCACAUUGCUCCGAAGUCUACGGUUGCAAGCAUUUCGUCGACCCGAUCAAAGCUAGGCCGCGAUGAUAUCAAAUGGCAAGAACUAUUAUCACACUUCCGAAUGGUCCAGGGCCGGCACGAGAAGGCACGGCGACAGGCUCUCGGGACGGACACUACGCCCUUCGCGGGCUUCACUAUGAAUGAGAAGCCUGCGACGAACGGACCAACGACGUCGACACCUGCGGCGCCAUCGUCAUUACGUCCACAGAUCCGUCGGAAGGUUACGGGAGGAGAAGGCCCUGCUAGGCCGCCCUCGCGGUCGAGUGGUGUCCUGUCUCCGCUCAACCCGAAGGCCCGUGCACAGAGCGGGCUCCUCGCGUCGAACCUGGCGCAUCCGCCUACGAGCCCGACGUUGUCCGCUCAGGCGCCGAUGAAGCAGCCACCACGGACGUUGACCUUGAAUAAGAAGUCGUGAUAGUGUGCGGCGAUUCCGCACUUACGUUGUCCUUACAGUCGAUUGCAGAAAUCAUGGCACUCGCGGAUUUU